GACCAGGAACACGGAAGUGUUUGAAGAGUGUACACUGGCGAGACCAGCCACAAUCUGAAGGAGAAAGACAGUGGCUACAUCCGAACUGUCUCUUCAUCCCCAGAAGGAUGGUGAGCAGACGGUGGACUUUUAACAGUGUCUAAUUGUUAUUUAAUACCUGGAAUAAAGACAUUGGUUUUACUGUAUGGAGGGAUGUUAUACACCAAAACUGCUUCAUAAAGCUAGACUUGUUUUUGUAACUAUAGUGUCCCUUAAAAUAUGAAUGUAAAACUAAGGUAAAAAUAGCUUGCAACCAUAGCUGAGUUUGAGAAUUCUUUAAUGUCAGCCUUAUCAGAUUAAGGUAAACUUUGAUCUUGGAUUAGAUACUAGAUUAAAUUGAUGUUAGAUUUAAUGUAAUCUCACACAAUUAAAGUUAGUAGCCAAGUUUGGGUUACAUAAUUACAAUAUGCAGACACUAUGCAGAAAUGUAUUUGAAGUUACUUAGAGAAACUUUCCAUUUAAAAAAAAUUACUUUGACAAAAACAGGUCUCAAUUUAAAUGUUUAAUGCUCUUAAGCUGAAUGUCAUGCUUCAAUGAUAUUUUUUCUCCUUACAUUUCUGCUUUGUUCACACCUUUGUUAGCAGCUUGUAAAAGUUAACUAAGCGUCACUAUCAUGUUUUGUCUUGUUUCAGAUUAUGCAUGAGAAUCAUAGCAUCACUUACAAGAUACACGUGAAUCCUUUUUCAUCUAUCAG